AGAUCGGAAGAUUACAACAAGAACUUGAUGAGAUACGACGGUCACAGUAUUAAUAUCUAUGUUAAAUCAUACCAGAACGAUCAGUCNCACAUUUCACAACAACCAUCUAUUCCAUCUGCCGCAUCGCUAGAACUGAAUAAUCGAGAAGCGGCUGAGCCUCCUCGCUGCUGGGAUUCAUGUUGUAAUGGUCGCGCGUUUUCAAACAACAGUAACCUUGCCAGGCAUCAGCGAGAGAAGCGUCGAGGAGAGGCGAAGCUGAAGUGCUCCUUNUGUGGUGCUGGGUUCAGUCGAAGUAGUGCGAGAAACGCGCACGAGGCCGAGAGGAGAUGUCGAGAAGUGGGUGGUGAUGCGAUUGGCUAG